AAAAGGGGAAGGGAUUUCGGGGCCUUUGCUCAAGGAUGGGGCCUUGGUUUGUUUUUAACUGAGGCGUCGCGGUAACUGUCGGAAGUGGGGCCUCUCCGUUCGGCCUGAGGGGCGAGAGGCGUCGAAGGCGCCUGGGUUCCCCGCUGGGCGUGAGGGGAAGCGAGGCGGCUAUGGGGGCCCGUAAUGACGGUGGCCUCGGAGGGACAUAAGACUUUAUAAGAGAAUUCUGAAAUAGAAAACUUCUAGGAUCACGCUAGAACUAUUUCUACUGGAUCGUAUGUGACAAAGGGAACAGUAAACAACCAUCAUGGCGUCUGAAUUAGAAAACCUAAAUCCUAGUGCAAGAAUAAUGACGUUCCAUCCCACUGUGGAAGAAUUCAAAAACUUCAGCCGUUACAUUGCAUACAUAGAGUCUCAAGGAGCUCAUAGGGCUGGAUUGGCAAAGGUUGUCCCUCCUAAGGAAUGGAAGCCACGCAGAUGGUAUGAUGAUAUUGAUGAUGUGAGCAUCCCUGCUCCCAUUCAGCAAGUCGUCACUGGCCAGUCAGGCCUCUUCACACAGUAUAACAUCCAAAAGAAACCUAUGACUGUUCGGGAGUUCAGGAGAAUAGCAAAUAGUGAUAAGUAUUGUACACCUCGGUACACUGACUUUGAGGACCUUGAACGCAAAUACUGGAAGAACCUCACAUUUAAUGCUCCAAUUUAUGGUGCAGAUGUUAAUGGCACCCUGUAUGACAAGCAUAUAGAUGAGUGGAAUAUUGGCCAUCUGAAUACAAUUUUAGAUGUAGUGGAGAAUGAAAGUGGCAUUACCAUUGAAGGAGUGAAUACCCCUUAUCUCUAUUUUGGAAUGUGGAAAACUUCCUUUGCCUGGCAUACUGAGGAUAUGGACCUCUAUAGCAUCAACUACCUGCAUUUUGGGGAACCCAAAUCAUGGUACUCUGUUCCUCCAGAACAUGGGAAGCGACUGGAACGUCUUGCUAAAGGGUUCUUUCCUGGAAGUGCCCAGAGCUGUGAAGCUUUCCUUCGUCACAAGAUGACCUUGAUUUCUCCAUCAAUAUUGAAGAAAUAUGGCAUUCCAUUUGAUAAGGUGACCCAAGAAGCCGGAGAAUUUAUGAUAACAUUUCCUUAUGGAUAUCAUGCUGGUUUUAAUCAUGGAUUCAACUGUGCUGAAUCUACUAACUUUGCCACACUCCGGUGGAUUGAGUAUGGAAAGCAAUCUGUUCUAUGUUCGUGCCGAAAGGACAUGGUCAAAAUUUCCAUGGAUGUCUUUGUGAGGAAAUACCAGCCAGAUCGCUACAAACUCUGGAAAGCAGGGAAAGAUGUGACAGUCAUUGAUCAUACACUACCAACUCCAGAAGCAGCUGAGUUCUUCAAGGGAGAGCUCCUCCAGAAAGUUAAAAAUGGGAAGCAAUGCCCUGACGAAGCUGAACUAGAGGAUGAAUGCAGUACAGAUGGAGAUACAGAGAAGAGGAGUAUGCCCAAGCACCGAAUUGGAACCAAACGACAUCGGGUCUGCUUGGAGGUUCCUCACGAGGUGAGCCAAAGUGAAGCCUUUCCCAAGGAGGAGCUGGGUCCAGUGCAGUUUGAAAUGGAUGUGGCAGAACCCCCACUUGGACCUGCUAGAGAGCCUGUACAACAAGGGGACCAAGGGAUUGCACCCCCAGAAUAUGGAGAUUCCUCAGAAGUAAAAUUUGAAGAAUUGAAAAAUGUCAAACUAGAUGAUGAUGAGGAAGAGCCUGAAGCAGCUGUUCUGGAUCUUUCCAUUUCACAUUCUGUGACUUCAGCCUUGGCCCAGUCUGCUCUAAGACAGCAGAGCUCUGUUUCCAGCCUUCAGUCUGGUUCUCCAUUAUGUUCUGGUUCAUCAGACUCAGAACCCUCUGACCUCCGCACACAGGAUCUGGAGCAAACGGAGGUGAUCACAGUGCACGGUUAUGCCAAAGAAGAAGUCGAUGGCAUGAACAGCGAGCGGCCAUCGGGGAAGAAAGCUAGUGUUACAGCCAAUAUGAAUGAACAGGAGCUUGCAAAAAUGGCGAAGGAGUACAUAAGAUCAGUAAAGGAUCGUAAGAAGUCAAAAGGGCGUCGGCAGCCCUUGAGCAAACUCCCACGGCACCAUCCACUACUGGUUAAAGAUGGCCUCAGUGAUGAUGAAAUGUCAGAGCAACUGACACCUGAAGAAGAAACUGAGGAGACAGAGGCAUGGGCAAAGCCCCUCAGCCAGUUGUGGCAAAAUCGCCCUCCAAACUUUGAAGCAGAAAAGGAGUAUAACUCAGCCAUGGCUCAGCAGGCUCCCUACUGUGCAGUCUGUAUGCUGUUUCAAACCUACCAGGCAGAUUGUGGAGGCCAGAGUUCACAGGCAGUUCCUGAUGCUGCUGGCAAGAUGAGAACUAAGCCAUUGAUUCCUGAAAUGUGUUUUACUACCACUGGUUGCAGCACAGAUGUUAGCCUUUCUACCCCUUACUUGGAGGAAGAUGGCACCAGUCUUUUGGUUACCUGCAAGCGCUGUCGAGUCCGUGUACAUGCCAGUUGUUAUGGAGUAGCGCCUGAGAAGGCAAACGAAGACUGGAAGUGCUCUAGAUGCAAAGCUAACGCUUUAGAAGAGGAUUGCUGUUUGUGCUCACUUCGAGGAGGUGCACUUCAAAAAGCUAAUGACAACAAGUGGGUCCAUGUUAUGUGUGCUGUAGCAGUUCUAGAGGCAAAAUUUGUAAACAUUGCAGAACGCAGCCCAGUGGAUGUCAGCAAAAUACCAUUGCAGCGCUUCCGACUGAAAUGUGUCUUCUGCAAGAAGCGACGGAAGAGAAUUGCUGGCUGUUGUGUGCAGUGCUCUCAUGGCCGCUGUCCUACAUCCUUCCAUGUCAGUUGUGCACAGGCAGCUGGAGUCAUGAUGCAGCCCGAUGACUGGCCAUUUGUGGUUUUCAUAACUUGUUUCAGACAUAAGAUCCCUUCCCAAGCAGAGAGAGCCAAAGCUGCUUUACAGGAUCUUGCUGUGGGGCAGGCAGUUAUCAGCAAGCACAAGAAUGGGCGUUUCUAUCAGUGCGAAGUGAUCAAUCUGACCAAGGAAACCUUUUAUGAAGUCAACUUUGAUGAUGGCUCUUUCAGUGAUAACCUAUAUCCAGAAGACAUUGUGAGUCGAGACUGUGUCCAGCUGGGUCCGCCAGCUGGAGGAGAGGUUGUUCAAGUGAGAUGGACAGAUGGGCAGGUCUAUGGUGCGACAUUCGUAGCCUCGCAUGUCAUCCAGAUGUACCAGGUUGAGUUUGAAGAUGGAUCCCAGUUGAUGGCAAAGAGGGAUGAUGUGUACACACUAAAUGAAGAGCUUCCCAAGAGGGUCAAAUCAAGACUGUCUGUUGCCUCUGACAUGCGCUUCACAGAAAUCUUCACAGAGAAGGAAGUCAAACAAGAGAGAAAAAGACAGAGGGUGAUCAACUCACGUUACCGGGAGGAUUACAUUGAACCUGCAUUGUACCGGGCCAUUAUGGAGUAGAAUUGCAGUUGCCACCUCCAGGUGGAUCCCAGCACUCCAGCACAGCAGAGGCCAAACAGUCAGUCUUCACAUCCAGAUUUUAUGUUGGUUUUUUGAGAUAAAUGUACUUGAUUCUGCAGCACCUUGACAGCAGUUGUCAUAUAAUGGAAUGGAUUUGACUUUCCUGAUAGACUCCAAGUCUAGAACACAGGAGCACUUCUCUGAUUUCCUGACCCAGUUGACUCACACCAGCUUCAUGGCUGCAUCUUUGGCAGUGAGUUUCUUUAUGCAUAUAAACUCUUCUCUGCCAGAAGCAUAUCUUUUUAGUACCACCCCAAGGAACAACCCAGACAGCAGCAGUUCUCUGUAUACACCCCCCAAAAAUUUCUCCUGGAUUGAAAUGUCUGGUUCUGGGAGUGUUUCUUAACUCAUCUUGCCUGCAGAAAGCUGGCAGUGUUACUGGUGCUUGACAAUGAAUUCCCUUUUUAUAUUUAUAACUCUGUUUUUGUCAUAAGCACGUGUUUUUUCAGUGUCGCCUUCCUGAGAUAGAGCUGAAGAAAGGAGAGUGAUAUGGAUUAAGUUUCUUAGUUCCAACUUCCUGAACCUUUGAUCCAACUUUUGUCCCUAUUUUAUAUUCAGAGACUUAUUUACUCAUGCGUUUAAUUGUAAUAGUAUGUGCCUAUGUAAUAGGAAACUGUUUGGAGCCAUUUAGCAUCGUGCAUUCCUCAGGCAGGAGAAUCCUGUGAAGUGCCCUCCUUAAGGCAAUAAGGACUGCAGAGAUUCCAGAGCCACGUGUCCCAUGCAAGGCCACAGGUUUGGCCCAGGUAUGCAGCAAAGAUACUUUGGAAAGUGAUCAGUUUCAUCUCAUGGGCAGUGGCUCUAGUUUAGGGGAUGACUGAGAACAACGAGAGUAUUCAUAAAAUGUCAAAAGUCAGCAUUACUAGUAUUUCCGUUCAGAAACACUGUGCUGCUUUUGUCCAGAGCCACACUGCUAAGAAUAGCAGUAUAGUAUAUAUGGAUUUACUUCUGUCCUCUUUGGUGGAAGGCCAAGAGGUAUAAUUUCAGGGUUGUGUGGGCUUCUUUGCUAUGUAGCCUUGGAGAAAUAUUCUGUUUGGAUGUGUUACAGAAAAAGUGCAAAGUUUGUUUUCUAAUUAUAAAUGUGCCCUUGUAGCCUUUGGCCAUACCGUCCUAGAAAUGUCCCUAGUAUAUGAUCUUGAACAUAAAUACACCUGUUCACCACUUGCCUUUUAGCAAAGGGUGUGGUGCUCUCCUCGCAAGGUAUUUUUCUUACUGUAUAAUGAUACUUUGUAGCAUAUUUCUAGGGGGAUAGGUGACAGUGAUAGCCAGCAGACUAUAGAGGUCUGUUUUCUUAGUGGUGGAGGUGGAUAAGGCCACUGCUUCUAGAUUAGCUGUGCUGAAAUCUAAAUUGUAGUUUCUAAAAAACAAUUAAUUGAUCCAAAAUUUGAUGGAAGUUGUUCUUCAGUCUACAGCUACAAUUAAGUCCCAUUUUAACUGGCUCUUUUUUUACCUUUAAUGAGUUGGACUCAUGGAUGCAUCCAGAACAAGAGGCGAUAUACAAAUGUUAGUAAUCAGUGUUGACCUGUGCUAUGUAUUAUUGUACAGUUUGAGCUGGUCAUUUUUUCUAAGAGUUGAACCUCUUUAGAAGCACAAUGUAUGUGAGCCUUUUUUGAAAUACUAUCUGUAACACAACAGAUGCACCAUCAUGCACAUCCUGAAAAUCAUAAAAUAAUUGUAAGUGAGAGUCAACGUUUCACUUCUAUCUGUGGCUGCCUGGGUGGCACCACCUCAGUUGAAUGAAUCUUGCUCUGUGGUUAUCUUUCUGUUCUCUUCCUCUCUUAUCUUGUGCUUUGUCCCAUCAUAUGGGGCUGAUGGGCAUACUUUGGGGGCACUUUGGUGUUGGGCAAAAGCCAUGUCAAGUAAUGUAUACCCUUUAACAGUAUUGCUCUGAUUCCCUCAGGUAUGUUUUUACUGAUUAACAAAGACACAUUAUCUGGAACUGGAGGCUAUUGCUGUUCCAGUUGGCAUUUCCAACAUCCUGAGUCAGGAAGGAUUGUGUUUUCUGGACAUCUUGCUGAGCAGCAUUUAAUUUAAUUACACAACGUGAAAUGCAUUGAAAUCCUUCUGUUAGCCUAUUCUUAAAUGUGCUUCAUUUGUCAUUUUGCAUCAAUUUCAGGAAUGGGUUUUUGUGUAUUUAUAUUAAAAUUGAAUCAUGACUUUAUAAAGCAAAGCACCAAGAACUAUUGUUCCAAAUUAUCUUUGGAUUGAAAAUGGGCAUAUAUCACCAAGAUAAUACAUGUUUGGAUUAUAACUGUACUGUGGGCCUUUGUAUAGGUUUUUAUGAAUCCAUAUGAGAGGUUGAAUACAUCAGUAUGAAAUUUUUCAUUUUCUGGAGACAACAAUAUAUUAGUUUGCUACAGGAUAAGUGUAAAUCUUUAAUAAUUUAAAUAGCGUGCAAACAAUAUGCAAAUGCUUAUACAUAGCAAACACACUUUGUAAGAAAAGUCUAAAAGUCCUGUCUAGAAUUCACCAAAAGCCUUUUCCCCUCCCAAAUACCCUUUUCUCUCUGAAGAGUGCAUUUACUGCUUUCAUAGAUCAGUGAGCUGAAUUUCACUUGAGUCAGACCACAAAUAAUAAUAAUAGCAAAUCAAGUGUAUGUUUUUCACUGGUUACUGGUUGUUGAUUAAUUUUAUAUCUGAUGCAAUAAUGGGAACAUUCCUCCUCAAUAUUUUAAUAGGCUUUUAAGGAGUUAAACUCCAUUAUCUUAGCAUCUUCCCCCCGCCCCCACACAUAUAUUCAGCAAAGAGCCCUGAAUUAAAAGAGAGCGAGUGCAGCAUAAUAACAAAGAAAAGAAUUCUGUGAGGUAGAUGUUAUCUUUCAUGAUGCCCCAUCUCUAAAGUGUACUCCAAUUAUUUCUUACCUAUUUGAAAUUGUACUGGUUUUGGAAUGCCGAUGUGAGAUGGAUACAAUAUAGGCAGCUUUUAUGUAUUGUUUUCAUCUUGAUCUAGUAAUAUAAUUUUGGACUAGACUCAACUGAUUAAAUCUGAAACACUUUAACUUUGAAA